CGGCGAUGAAAUUGAGUUAGACAUUGAAGCUUUAGACAAUGAGACUCUGUGGGAGCUUGAUCGUUUUGUUACUAACUACAAAAAGAUGGCAAGCAAAAUCAAGCGGCAAGGGUUUAUCCAGAAUGCGUCAACCCCACCAAGAAAUCUGCCUAUGGUGACAGAAAUGGGAAAUGCUGAGAAGAGAGGGAGGAAAGGAGGGGAGGCAGGAGAAGAAGAUGUAGACAUUGGAGAAGAUAUACCCAUUGAGGAUUAUCCAUCAGUAGAGAUUGAGAGGGAUGGUACAGCCGCUGCUGUGAGUGGUGGAUCUAGUUCUUCUGGCAGCUCUAGUUCCAGUGGCAGUUCUUCGUCUAGUGAUUCGGAGUCAGGAAGUUCAUCAGGAAGUGAUUCUGAUGCGGAUAGUGUCCAAUCUCCAUUUGUGGAGGCAAAAGAAGCUCCUUAAUAACACUGUUGAGGAAGAAACUCGUAGAACGUAUUACCUUCCUUUGCUUGAACGCACAUUGAUAUAAGCAAGACAAGAAUCGGAGUAUCUGGAGGAGGUGGAACUUUGGUGUAAAGGGAAAUGAGGAUGGAAACUCGAAAGAAAAGAUUUUGAGUGUUAGGGAAAGAGUAGAUAGAGAGAAAAAUGUAAAGGGUAGUUUAGAGAUCUCUAGGUUGAGCAAGAAGUGGAAGAGUUUUUCUUUUUCUCUUUCAGAUAAAGUUUCUUUAGUUCCUUUAGAUUAUUGGUGACACCAUGAACAGAGGUUUGAGAGUGAGGGUUUGUUUGUUCCUUUUUGUCUUGUUCUCAUUCGGGAAGAAUGAAGAAGUUGGUACGAAGAAAGAACAAUGUAAUGGAAAAUGCGUUAUGGUUGGAAGAUAAAAGAAAUA